ACGGUGAGUAAUUGACUCCGCAAAAUGAAGCACAGCGAAGAGACUACCAUUUCCGGCGACGCCCGCCGCGGCAUGGUGGUGGUGGAGCUGCCGCUCGGCGACGCUUCCUCCACAUUCAACUUAGAGAAAGCAGUGUGCAGCCACGGGCUGUUCAUGAUGGCACCUAACCACUGGGACCCACUCACAAAAACCCUAGAACGCCCGCUGCGCCUCUCCGACGACCACCAUUGCGCUGAUCACGAAAUCUCCGUCACCGUCAGAGUCUCUCACCCCUCCGACUCCCCUCAGUCUCUCAGGCUCCACGUCUUCGACACUGAUUGUCUCUCUGCUCAACAACACCAGUCAUUGAUGGCUCAAGUUAGAAGAAUGUUGAGAUUAUCAGAGGAAGAGGAGAAAAUGGUAAGAGAGUUUCAAGAGAUGUAUGGGCAAGCAAAGGAGAGAGGAUUUGGGAGAGUAUUCAGGUCGCCGAUAUUGUUUGAAGACAUGGUCAAGUGUAUUCUGCUCUGCAAUUGCCAGUGGUCAAGGACAUUGAGCAUGGCUAAAGCACUUUGUGAGCUUCAAUUGGAACUAAGUAGUAGUGAUAAAAAGUUUAGUCUUAGUGUUGAAAGUGAUCAUUUUAUUCCGAAAACGCCUGCUGCAAAAGAAAAAAGGAAAAAAGCUGGAGUUCAUAAAUGCUCCAAAAACCUGUCAGCAAGGCUUGCUGAAGCCCAAGCAGCAACAGAAGAAGAUAAUGUCUUGACAACUGGUUCAGCUGAAAUUGUAGACUGCCCGCCAAAGUUCAAGGGAUUAAGUUCAAAAGACAUAUCGUCAGAUAAAAAAGAAGACUUUCUCCUAGGAAGUGACAUAUCUCAAACCCCAUCAAACCUUUGUACUGAUAAUCCACGUUCUUCAUCUGACCUGCAUUCUGCAGAGGUAGAGCUCAAUACCCUCAAUGGUGUGGGGAAUUUUCCUAGUCCAAGGGAAUUGGCUGAACUCAAUGAAAGUUUCCUUGCAAAGCGCUGUAAUCUUGGCUACAGAGCUGGCCGGAUUAUUAAUCUUGCUCGUGGUGUAGUUGAAGGCAGGAUUCCACUCAAAGAAAUUGAAGAAUGUUGCAGCAAGCCAAACGUAUCCAACUAUGAUGAGUUGUCCAGGCAGCUGAAAGAAAUAGAUGGAUUUGGGCCAUUUACUUGUGCAAAUGUGCUCAUGUGUUUGGGAUAUUACCAUGUGAUUCCUACAGAUUCCGAGACAAUCAGGCAUCUAAAACAGGUUCAUGCAAAAUCCUCUUCCAUUCUAACAGUUCAAAAGGAUGUUGAAGCAAUUUAUGGAAAAUAUGAACCAUUUCAAUUCUUGGUAUAUUGGUCGGAGAUAUGGCACUUUUAUGAGGAAUGGUUUGGAAAAUUAAGUGAAAUGCCACAAUCUGGUUAUAAUCGUAUUACUGCCUCGAAUAUGAGACCAAAAAGAAAUGCCAAAAGCAAGAGGAUCAAAACAAGCGCUUGAGGUAACAAGAAAAAUGUUACAUAUUCAUAUCUGAUAAAGCUUUCUGGAUUGAGUGGCAUGGCUAUUUACAGUAUUUUCUUCAUUUUGUGUAGACUAUAGUAUUGCCAAUCAAAUCAAAGACAUGGCUAAAAUAGGAUUGAUUUUAUAAACUAUGUACUUUGCUUUAGUAUUUGUCAUCUAUAAGUCAGUCAAAGCAGCCAUGAAUUUUGUAGUCUUGAUAAAUGAAAGUGGGCAUUUUUAUAACUUGUUGCUUUUCA